CAACCUCGCCGCUGCUCAAAACAGCAACGGGGUUUCCUAGUUCCUGCUCCAGCACUUCAGUCGCCAUUUUCUCUCAGCCAGAGGUUGACCUACUUUCAGUCGCUGCUUAAAAACAACUUAAAAGCAAGACGCACCCACAACGGAGCAAUCAUUGAUACCAUGAGUGGAAGCCGUGUCUUCAUCGGGCGCCUGAGCCCUCAGGCCCGAGAGAGAGACGUGGAGAAGUUCUUUAAGGGUUACGGAAGAAUCCGUGAGAUCAACCUGAAGAACGGAUUCGGCUUUGUGGAAUUUGAUGAUCACAGAGACGCAGACGAUGCAGUUUAUGAACUAAAUGGCAAAGAGCUGUUGAGUGAAAGAGUUACUAUUGAACACGCCCGCUCCAGGAGAGGAAGAGGGGGCGGACCCCCAGGUAUGGGACGUUUCGGGGGAUAUCGACAGUCCCGUAACACUGGAUCCAGGUACGGCCCACCUGUGCGGACAGAACACAGACUCAUUGUUGAGAAUCUGUCCUCUCGGAUCAGCUGGCAGGACCUGAAAGACCUGAUGAGAAAAGCAGGUGAAGUUACGUUUGUGGACGCGCACAGACCCACAAAAAACGAGGGGGUGGUUGAGUUCGCCUCCCGCAGUGACAUGAAGAACGCCAUCUCCAAGCUGGACGGAACCGAGCUGAAUGGGCGCAAACUGAAGAUCUUUGAGGACAGCAGGAGAAGCAGGAGCCGCUCCCGCAGCUACUCCCGCUCCAGGAGUCGCUCCCGAAGCCGCAGCCGCUCCAGGAGCCGCUCCCGGUCCCUCAGCCGCACCCCAGACAAGAAGACGUCAGGCGGGGGCAAGUCUGCAGCCAGGUCCCCCUCCAGGUCCAGAUCCCGCUCCAGGUCCCGCUCGCGCUCCCCAGCCCAGAACAAACAGUCUCGCUCCCGAUCCCGGUCCCAGUCCCGAUCGCGCUCCCGCUCCGCUUCCGCGGACAGCAAACACUAAGAUCCUGUCAGAGAGAGAGGCCUGGACGGGCUGAUUAUUUUUAUGGGGGGGGGGGUCACCUUUUACACAACCUCCAUUAUAAAGAGCCCCCCCCAGUGGUGAAAAUGUCUCAGCUUUGGUUUCUGCUUCCUGUGAUUCAGUUUCUCUGCAGAGUAAAUGUGAUGAUGCCAGCGUUUGGUUUGCCCCGCCCCCUUAUCAGUGCUGCCCAAUGGAUCGUCUGCUGAGAAGCUGAGGAUGUUUCUGCUUUCAGCUUCACUUUUUUCAGCUGCUAAUUUAUUUUUCAGCUUUGGUUUGUGAGAAAAUGUCUUAGUUUUUUUUUCUUUUUUUGAGCAGAUUCUUUUCAUUUACAUUAUUCAUCUCCAGCCUGUGGAAUGCUGGGAAAUAUUCUGGUCUGUAAAUGUUUAUUAAUUUGAUACUAAGAAAGAUUCACUUGGUUCUUUUUAUUAGUUUUUCUAACUUCAGAUGAGUGUUCAAGAGUAAAUCUGUAGCUGUUAAGUCAAUAAAGGUUUCAUAAAUGAA